AUGACGCUAGAAGAAGCACCAUUUUACCCACGCGAGAAGCUCGUUCAGAAGCAGCAGUAUUUCCAGAAGCUGAGCAAGCAUAUCCACCUUAAAGGCCGCUAUGAUGUGGUCACCUCAGUUGCCAUUCCCCUUGCGCUUGCUGGCACCAGCUUGUUCAUGAUUGGUCGUGGGAUCUACAACAUGUCUAACGGGAUUGGGAAAAAGGAGUGA